CGUGUCAUUCGCCGUCUGGCUUCGGUCCGGAAGACAUUGAUCCGGCUUGAUUUUAGUAGAUUAUUUGUAUUUCCCCGUUUUUCCUACUUCUUUGUAAAUACCGUAUCGAUAGGUUAGUGAGUGCGAGACGAGAUUUUAUUUUGUUUGAAGUGGUUAAUGAAGUGAGAGUGUGUGGACUCGAGAGUUGUGUGUAUCAAGUGGGGGCAUUGUGGGACAUGCUAGUAUGGCUUCAUCGCAGCUCCAAAUCCGCCCGCCAAUGGGCCUCCUGACGACGGUGGCCGACCUGCCGCCAAGCUACAAGGUGCGUUAUAUAGCCGUGGCCAACAACGCCACGACUAAGCUUACCGCCGAGUCGCCACUGGAUUUGACGGUGAAGCAGAGCUUCGGUGCGAUUACGCCUCCGUUGACGCCGUCGCCGUUGAAGAAGCGUUACCGCGAGGACAACGACGAGAACCGCGAUGGGAAUCAUCAGCGCGCCAAGCAGAUUAAGGUGGAAGUGGAGCCGGUCAAGGAAGCCACACCGGUUAAACCAGUUAAGAGUGAAGGCGCGAAGGUGGGUCAGAAGAGUUCAAAGAACCCGGCUGGGGUGGCGGGUCCGGUUUCGAAGGAACGCCGUACGAAGGCAGCCCGGAAGUUGAAGUUUGACGAGGAGACGACGUCGCCAGUGUCGGGCACGGUGAUUAUUUCGCUCGAGGAAGUGAUCAACGGGGACAUCCCACGGGAAUCGGGUGACAUCGAUCCGCAGUUUAAUUUGGUGGAGAUCUCCGACGAGGUACGCGCCGAACUGGCUACGAUCCCGAACGUGAUCGGCGCGUACAACUGCAAGCUUUGCCGGUUGGAGUUCGACGAUGCCUUCGGACUGGCUCAGCAUCGUUGUGCGUGCAUUGUUCUGCUCGAGUACCGCUGUCCCGAGUGUAGCAAGCGGUUCAACUGCCCGGCGAACCUGGCCUCGCACCGCCGCUGGCACAAACCCCGCGAUCAGGUCGCCAAGAAGGGCGACGGCGACAAAGCCGGCGAAGAUCCCGAGUGCAAGUACCGCUGCGAACAGUGCAACAAAUCGUUCAAACGGCCGGCCUACCUGAAAAAACACCAACUUACGCAUAACAAAACGAAAGUCAACAAGCCCAAACAUAAUCAAUCAAGUGCCGAAACAAGUGAAAUCAGCGCAGCAACAAUCAACACCGUGUCCAGCUUCCGCAGCAUCAGCGGCAGCGAAGAAUCGAACCACUCGAAUAGCAGCAAUACCGUCUACGUGAACCACAUGACCGAGCUACCACAAACCGUGUUCACCGUGGUGGCCAGCGAACCACCGCUCCGAAGUGACCUCGUGCAGCAGUAUCAGUCCAGUUCUUCGCAGCAAUCGACCAGCGACGAGGACGACGACGACGACGACGAUUACGAGGAACGUGCCUUGGUCAUCAACGAAGACUACCAGCAGGAGGAAAUGGACGCCAUCCGGUCGGCGUACUGUGACCGCUUCACGGAGGAGGAGAACCUCGCCGCAGCGGCGCUGGCCCACCUGCGGAACGGACCAUCGGUCAUUCGGCACACCACCGCUUUGGUUGUCUAGAAAACCGUGCGUGUAAGUUCAGCCUAUCAUUAGUCGCUUAAGUACCCCCGCCACACACACACACAGGGCGGUGUUCUAUCUCGGAAUAGGUUUUAUGAUUUGUGUAAAUUUUCGUACCGAACAAACUGAAAACAGCAUCACACCAAAUAAGAGACUUGGAUCGCCCAAAAAGACACAAGACUGUUUGUACAUAGCUUUAGACACAAGUGUAAGAGACUGGGAGCAAAGCUUUCGACUAGUUUGUAAGGAAAUCCGGCGCAAUGCUCGAGCGUCCGCAAAUCUUACUUCUAACUCUAACGUUUUCUUUUCCUUCUACUAACAAGCUUUAAACUUUCUAAUAAUUUUCCUUUCUAACUUGUGGCGCUACGAGCACUAUCGUCCUCCAACACUUCUGUACAUUCGAUUUUGAAAAUUUUCCAAAAAUUUCUCAAUCACCCAAAGAUGAGUAUCCAUCUAGUCAUUUCCCUA